UCUGAGCCUGAUGUACACAAACCUUUUCAUGUCAUUGACAGUAGACCGAGCAUUAUUAGGAGUACCAUGUUUUAACUGAUAAUUUCCUCUGGAUUGCCCCCUGUCCUUUAAGGGAUUCUAAAGAUAACCAGGAGAGGCGUUUAUCAAUUUUUGAAGCGUCACGCCAACCUUCAAAGUGGAGAAUUCAGAGCGAAGGGAGUCUUGUUUUUCGUGGAAAUUUGGCUGGUGGUGUUUUUUCAACAUGGCGACAUCCAGAGAUGAGCAUUUUCCUGUAGCGCUCAAUAAACAGAAUUCGACUAAAAACAACAAGACUGGACCGCGAUACAAACUGGUUCAUCAAGGAGAUAUACAAGUAUGUCGUCUGAAUCACACACGAACCAUUAUAAGUAAGAUUAUGAACUCAAAGUAUUUGCGAAGAUGGGAAAGCCAUCGCCUAGAAUUGCGUGACCACGAGAUCGGAUCGACUACGCCGACUGGUUUCCUAGAACACCCAGUUUCAUACUCCAGUGUUGAAGAGGUCAACAUUAUUUCAAGAUGGGAUGCAGGUCAAAAAUUUUGCUUAAGGAUAACAAUAGCGGAUGGAUCAUUACUUUUACAGGCCAACAAUGCAUAUUUGAGAGACCAGUGGCUUUAUUCAAUUUUAUGGAAGCGUCACAUAUACAAGUAUGAAAAAUUGUUGAAGAAUUCAAGACGCCCUGAAGUGUUAGUAAAAGAAAUCAAGAGCAUGGUUGACUACUCCUUGUCUACGCCCAUUCAUGACACAAGUGUGUAUCAGUUUCCCCUGGAGCUGGUGUCUGAAAUACUGCAGCAGAACGAAGAAUUUCUGUCAAAAAUUGAACACGAGAACAUCAUUGUUGCCAUAGCUCCAUUGUUGGAGAAGAACCACCCCACCCAGGAAAUCUGUGACUUUUUCUCAAAGCAUUGUCGUAACAGUCCAAGAUCAAAAAUUGUCAUUGAACUCUUCACGCCAGUGGUGCAUAGGAUUUUAAAACACAAUAUGGACUUUGGAAAGCAUCCACGCUCUAGAGCCUUCAUCACAGAGUAUAUUCAGGCCUUGAGCUCACAGAAUGACGGAAUCCGAGUGGUAAAGAAUUUUGUGAAAACUAUGCAUGGUCCAACCAGUGUAUGUCCACAUCCCAGAGUGCUGCCCAACUUGGUGGCUGUCUGUUUUGCUGCCAUCUAUGGAUGCUACGAAGACAGAAAAACAUUUAUGCUCAAUAAUAACAGCAUCAGCAGCUACAUCAUGACUGAGAUACAUGACCGCCUAACCUGUUACCUUGCCAUUCUAGAGACCAUGUCAGAGUUUGAAGACUGGAGACCCAAUUUGGCUAGUUUUCUGCAACCUAUACCAUUUCCAGACGAUGCCCUUGCUGAUGAAGUCUUCACAGUUCACAUGUGUCCUGUGCUGAGACAGUUUGCGCUGGACAGUCGCUGUGAGGUUCACCAGUCUCUGUUGGGGAUAAGAGAAGGCAAGGAAGGAUGGUUCCACCUCUACUGCCCUGGCAACAUGGCCUGCGAAGAUGAAGGGGAACUUUUUGGAACAAUGUUGAAGGCCCUGAUCUGUUGUUGCUGCAAGAGGAAAAAGUUUCUAGUGAGCAUUAUAAAGAUGAUCAACCCUUGUAUGUUGCUGUCACUGAGAGAAAAUGAGGCAGCUAUGGAGGUGCUGUGUGGAAUGCUGGAGCAUGAAGUGAUAGAGAACAAUGACCUCAAGAUGCAGAUUAUUACCACCUUACAAAGCACAGCCUCUGGAAAAAGAAUGUACGCAGCUACUUGUGACCGACAAAUUGCCUUAAGGGAAUUGCAACAGAAAGGUGGCCCCAAGAAGUUGACAUUACCUUCAAAGUCCACGGAUGCUGAUUUGGCCAAGAUGUUGAGUUCUGGCAGUUUUGGUAACCUGGAAUGUCUCAGUCUUGCCUUUACCCAAGUCUCAAGUGCCUGUGCAGGAGAACUGAUCAAACUUCCGUCUCUUAGAUAUCUAAAUCUCUGGUCAACACAGUUCGGAGACACUGGUUUACAGCUGAUAUCAGAACACCUCCACAAACUACAAGUGUUGAAUCUAUGUGAAACCCCAGUAACAGAUAAGGGCUUACAGUGUUUAGCAGGUCUGAAGAAUUUAAGAAAACUGAAUUUAAACAGCACCAGCUUAUCAGCAUUAACAUUUGAGAGUUUGAAGGAAAAAUUACCAGGGCUUCAAGAGUGUGACGUACGUUACACAGAGGCAUGGUGACUAGAUGAAAGGGCUGCAGUAACUCUGUAUGGUAGAGCUUAACAAUCAUCACUUUACACUUGCUAUGGCAACCGAAACCAUGGCAACCAGCACCAUGGCUACUAAAUACUUGUCAGAUAUGACUGAUCACAAGCAGCAUCAUUGUUGGCUCAGUUGCCGUGGCAGUGAACAAAGUCUGGUGCUCCAUGGCAACUGCAAAUGUGACUGAUCCAGUGACAAUCAGCGCUAUGACAACCAACACUGUGACAAACAGCACAUGGAAGUCACAUAGGUGGAUGGUUGUACAUUCUGACAGAAUUGUGUGCUCAGGAAGUUCUUGGGAACGGAAGAUCGAAAAAAGCACAGACUUAUACAUUCUGGGAAAGGCCCUUGUCACAAGUGAGCACAAAAACGGGGAUUAAAAUAAAACUUGGAAAAGUUGCCAGGAAUCAUAGACAUUUAUGUACUGCAGCACAACUAGCUAUGGCAUAUAUUGUAAUGGUUGAAUGUUAAAGCCUACUACUUCUGCAGCCUGGUUGUUGAAGUUAAACAGCCAAUGACAAUAUUAUACAAGUAUAAUCACACACACUAACGUUGUGAAAACAGUAUAUCAGUUGACACUCAGUAUAUACAUGUAGAUCACAAUACAUAUAUUGUGUAGUACCAGUAAGUGUUUUGCGGAUUUUGAUAUAGCCUUUGAUAUGGCAGGACCAUAUGUUACAUGUGAAUGUACAAAGGAUUAUUUAUGUUAUUUAUUCAUAUUGUCUUUAUUUGCCUCUGCUUUUAUAUACUGGAUGAGAUGUCUGUGAGAGAGGUGGUAAACUUGUUGAACAAUAUGAUACGUGUGAAUAUGGAUGGGUGUGAAAAAUGGGUCAUUGUCAACAAAGGAAUGCCCAAGAUAACGUGGCCAAGAAUGAUUCCUGCCUCAGGGUUGAAAAUGAAUAAGCAUACGCACGUGUCAGGCGUCGAAGUUUUAUUAUUUGGCAAUUUUGAUGUCGGUGUUAUAUGCUAUGGGCAAAUAUAAAGGGUGAACUGAAAACAACCUAACACAAUUGUUUAGUAUGAUGGUUGCAUCCAGCAAACUGUAUUCAAAAGUAGCUGUUACCCAGUUGACAAGAUGCCCAACAAAUUAAAAAGCCACUUUUUUUUUUUUUUU